AUGUCCGACACCGGCAGCGGUAGCAGUGCCGCCAACGUGGCUCCACCAGUCACGUCGGCAACAAGGGCACAGCAACAUCCUCCGCAUCACCACCAUCAUCACCACCAUCACGCUCAUCAUAUCGCCGAUCCUGCACGACGCAAGAAGAAGCAUUUGCCCGCGCAGCUCGCUCAGCUCCAGCUCGAGAAUGAGGACGAUGAUGCCAACAACUUUAUCUCCUCUUCGCGAGACGCUUCCGAGGAGGACAAUGACGACCAAGAAGAGACUUUUGACGACAAUGCAUCCAUCGCAUCGCUCCGCCGUCAUCAGCCGGACGCUAGCACCACUUCGCUGUCCAACGUGCCAAUCUCUUCGUCGCUCUCCUCCAUCCCGCCCAAUGACAGAGACCAGGCAUUGAUUGACUCUGCAGCACUGCAUCAGCCUUCCAAGCUGCAGCAUCAGCUCAAACCCAACACUGUGAACGACGACAGGACGCCUGCUAGCACAAGUCCACCGCGAGUGGCAGCGGCGACCUCCAGUGCUCCUCUGGCAGGCGGCGCUAGAGGCGGUCAGUCGCACGUAUCACACGGCUUUGUGUCUCCCUCUGCGGGCCAGCAGCCGUUCUCGACAGCAUCGGAUCGCAGGAAGGAAGUUUCUUCCGAUGAUGACGAUCGAUACAUCCGUCCAUCCGUGGGCGCUACUCUCGCCAAUGCCAGCGUAGCACUGUCGAGCAGCUCGUCUGCUGAGCUUUUACCCAAGGUUGUGGCUGCACAGAGGCAAGCAGGUACAGCAGAAGGGCAGGCGUCCAAAUCGGGCAAGCCUUCUGCAGGAGCCAACCUCAACCUCGGCGCUCUGCCGCCUCCCACUGGUGGUCCUGCCGGUGCGGCAACCGCCAAGCCCCAGGCGAGCGCCGCCGAUCCCUUCUCGUCCUCGGGCGCAUCAGGCAUCGCAACAGCCCUCACUGGCGGUACCGCCGCCGCUUCCACACCCAAAGCGCAACAGGCGAGUGACAAUGCACCCGUGGCGGAUCCUAUUGGAGUGCCACAAGCUGCUUCGAAGCGCAAGGUCUCCUCUUCGCACCAUGCCGCUCACGCAUCAGCACGUCGGGCCGAGCUCAAGGACGGUGCCGGCGAUGAAGGCGGCAACAACACGGAUGGCGGCAACGACGGCGACGUCGAGUACGCUGCUCGCACGCCCAUCUCUGCUCAAAUUGCUGCAGGUUCGUCCAACCUGGCGCCGUCGCAACGCGAAUUGCCCGCACGAUCAGCCCACGCAUCGAGCGCGCCUGUCAGCAAGAGCACUGCGCCCAAGCAGGCUUCUUCGCGCUCCUACAUCCAGACCAUGGGGACUCGACACGCCGACUGCCACCCCGACGGCGACAACGUGGAUGAAGGCGGUUUCCAACCAUCCUCGAUCCCCACCGCCGAAGAGAUCCAGCACUGGGUUUCGGAAGCCAUUUUCAACCCAGACCCACGACGGGACUACGCCAUCAACCCGCCACCCAAGCGCUACGACGCCGAAGGACGCGAGCGUCCCACCCGCAUCUACGCCGACGGUGUCUACGACCUGUUCCACUACGCGCACGCCCUCCAAUUGCGCCAGGCAAAGCUGUCGUUCCCUUCCGUGCACCUCAUCGUCGGGGUCGUAAGCAGUCAUUCGUGCGGCAAGCACAAGAACAAACCGGUGCUCACAAGUCAAGAACGCUACGAGUGCGUACGCAAUUGUCGUUGGGUGGACGAGGUGCUGGAGGACGCACCGUGGGUGGUCGACCAGAAGCUCAUCGACACGCUCGAGAUUGAUUACAUCGCACACGAUGACCUGCCCUACGGAGGUGUCGGCAUGGACGAUAUCUAUGCGUUUGUCAAGAGACAGGGGCGGUUCUUGCCGACGAGGAGGACGGACGGGGUGAGCACGAGCGAGUUGUUGGGUCGAAUCGUCGAGGUGUACCGCGAGGGUGAUCUGGAUGGAAAGCUGGUCAAGAUCGGACUGGACGAGCUGACGAGCGAUCACGAGACGCCGACGAUGAAGAAGCAUGACAAGUGA